GCUCUCGACAACUUGUUGCAGGCGAGAGAUGCGUUGGAUCGGGCGAUUGCUCUCUUAAGUCAGCAGCCGUCGACUUCGCGCAUCAAUUAAAUUUUUCCCACAUUUAUUCUUUUGUAAAUAUUCUUUCCUUGUUCAUUCUUUUCUUCCAUUCUUUAUUCAUAAUAUAAUUUCAUUACUUUACAGAUUUUAAAAAAGUUCUCUAUUAAAUUUAUUAUGUCACGUCGAGCAACUAUUAAAGCACCAGAGAGAGGAGAGUCGACUGCGACUUCCGAAUCUUCCAUUCCUAAAUUAAGAAGCCUUGCUAUUGUGGCACCAACCUUGCACAAACCGUUUUCAAAUUGUUCCUACUACCCUGACCGUGACCGUCGAUCCCCAAUUCGUCAUGACCGCCAACGCCGAACACCUCGUCGCACCAUCCACCAUCAUCGUCGAACGCCACGCAGCCCUGAAUACGCUUCCGCUUCUAAACACCAUCGUCAGAAAACUCCAAAACCCCCACCGCCGCCGUCACGACCCCCAUCUCCUUUGCCUCCACCACCUCCUCCACCCGAACUCCCCCCAAUCAAAUCACCAAUUAAAAUUGAUGCCGAGCUUUGGACAGCCAUCCCAGAAAAAACCAGGGCCAUCAUAAAACAAUUGGAAAAGAAUUUGCAGCAAGUGAACGCAAAUAUGAUUGGCCUGGUAGCGAUAAACACUUUAGAGGGUUUGGCGUCGAAUCCAACAGCCCAGCAAUACCUUGAACAGCUAGUCCAAAAAAUUUCAGCAUUACAACCUACCACUAAACAAUUAGAAGAAUUUCUCCCUCACCAGAAGGAUGACGGCAACACGACUAAACUAUUCAGGGAGGCGUUUGGCUUGAAUUUGAAACUCAAGUCGGCUGGUGGCGGGAGUGUCGAGAAAUCGACAAAGAAAGGGGAAAAAUAA